AUGGUGAAGGGCUCAGCCCAACCUGCUCCGGGGCAGGUGGGGAACGAAGGGCCGGAGGAACUGGAGUCCUGCCUGUUCACUGAGACCCUAGAGGUGGUGGCAGCAGAGGACCAGCCGGGGGUCCAGAUCACGGGCCAGUGGUGGGCAGCAGUCCGGUGGGCACCCUACAAGCCAGAGGGCAAGCCGGCACGGAGCUGCCUCCUGGUGCAAGCCGGUUUCCGGAUCAGGCAGGACAACGUGCCCUGCUCCAGCACCUUCAAAGCCUAUGUGACCCCGCUGCUGGAGACUCUGGAGCAGGAGGAGCAGGAGCGCCUGGAGGUGACUGCACACCCAGUAGAGAGGAGGACCCACAUUGUGAACCACCACCAUGGGAUGACUGUUACCAAGACAGUUCAGGAGGGAGAGGCAGAACCAAAGAGCUGGAGCUUCUACUACCUCCAGGAAGAUCUGCGGGGGGUGCUGCCAGAAGGUGCCAGCAUCCUGCUGCUGCGGGUGCUGGCACACCUGCAGGCAGUGCCCCCCGACCUCAUCUUCCCAGCCUUCAACACCGAGGGCCAACUCUGCAUCUCCAGCUACCGUGCCGUGGGCUUCCAGCAGCAGGCAGUGGGCUCAGCCAGGGCAGAGGUGCUGGUGAUCGAGCGAUCGAUGCAAGCCAGUGCUGACACCUCCACCGUCUGGCACAGCAGCUUCCUCCCCAGCGGGCGUUUGGUCCGACGGGUGCAGAUGGGCUCCCCAAUGCUGGUGCUUCUGCAGAAUGAGUCUGUCCUUGGAGAAACAGGUGAGGUCAAGCCCCAGCCUCUCUUCCCCAAACAACCCCUGGACUGGGAGGAGGACAUCCAGCUUUAUUCCUGGUUCCUGGACAGGAAGGAGGAGCUGCAAGCAUCCCACAGUGACUACCUCCAGCGGCACCCUGAGUACUGGGCAGUACAGUAUGACUUCCUCCAGGCCCUGCUUCUGCGGCAGCCCUGUGACCUCCUCUCCUUCGCUGAUGAAUUCUUUGCCCCCUUCUCCCACCAACGGCCCCCUGAGACCCGCUUUCCCUGCGUCAAGGCUGUCAGGCCCUCCCCUCCUCCGCCCCCUCCCUCACCAUUCUCUGUCUAG